GCAUAAAAUAUUAAUCAUUUAUUAUAAUUUUAUCAUAUUUACGCUGAUAAGGUGCAGGCUGUAAUAUUGCCAGAUCGUGCAAAUAGUGUUGCCCAUUGAAAGUAUAGCUCAACAUAACAAAAUACAGCCGGUGGGUCUAUUUUAACAGAUUGAAAUCCAAUUGAAGCACAAAUAAAUAACUAUUAUGAACGAUAUAAAGCGUUUGAAGGAACAGCAACGCGAGAAACAUCCCGGCUUCGACGGUUAUUUGGAUUGCAUGACCCGAGCUCUCUUUACGGGCUUGGCAUCGUUUUGCUUAGGAUUUGCAGGGACCUACUUCGUUCAAAAGGCAGUUCAAAGCAAAUUACGCUAUCCAGCUAAGUAUAACGUACUAUUUUCCUCAUUGGUAGCAACGGGCGUGGCAUAUCAAACCACAAGUACACGCACCAAAUCCUGUCAAGCUGCUUGGAUGGCAUUUGAGGACAAACACACGGUGCUCAAAGAAGAAACCUACUAACAAAAAAAUAUAUCAAAAAUUUA